AUGAAGCCCACGCUGCCUCCCAGGCCCAAGCCCAAGGCGCCCAGGCCUUCUGGAUCAAGCGGCCAGCUGCGGGAAGUGCCCAGCGAGGCCAGCGGCGAGGCCACAGACAGCGAGAUCAUGCCUGCAGGGGAGGCCGCCGCGCCUCCUCCGCCGCCGGCCCCGCUGCCGCCCGGCCUGGCGGCGCUGCCGCCGCAGCACGCGGCAGCCAUGCAGCAAGCCAUGCAGGCGCUGGCCAGCGGGCAGCACCCGGAGCUGCUGCAGCAGGUGAGCACCAAGAUGGGGCUGACGCCCGACCAGCUGCGGCAGACGGCGGCCGCCAUCGGCUCCGGCUCCGACCAGGGCAUUCCGUCAGAGGUGGUGCAGCGCGCGAUGCAGCUGCAGUGGGCCAUGCGCGGCGGCGCGCUGCCCCCCAUGGGCCCCGCGGCAGCCUCCGCGGUGCCCCCCGGCAUGCCGCCGGGCCUGCUGGGCUCCCUGGCAGCGGCCAACGGCGGCGGCGGCGGAGGCAUGAUGCUGCCGCCGGGGGCGUCCUCCGCGCCCGCCCCCAGCUCCGAUGUGCUGCUUCUGGACAGCGAGGACCAGCAGGGCUGCUUCGACCUGUACCGCCGAGCGUACGGCCGCCACAUGGACUUCAUCUUUCCACCCGUCUACGUGGCGGCCGCCAGCCUGGCGCUCUGGACGCGCCUGCUGCCCUUCUGGCUCGCGCUCCUCCUGGUGCCCCUCGGCUUUGUGCUGGGCGUGCAGCUGAUGCAACCCUGGCUCACAGACAGGCCCUGGCAAUGCCUCAUCUUCACCGCGCUGUCGGCCACCUUUGCCGUACUGCACUACAGGAGCAGCAAGGUGGACCCCGGGUUUCUGGAGGCCAAGGGGCAGCCGGCGCCGCUGGCGCCCGCGCAGCGCAUGAUGCUGGCCUCGCAGGCACGCUAUGGCUGGUGCUGCUGGCUGAACCCCUCGUGGUGCUACACAUGCAACAUCUACAAGCCCAUCCGCUCCAAGCACUGCAGCACCUGCGACAGGCGAGCGCCGCGGGGCGGCCGCGCGGCAGCCGCCCUGGCUCCCGCCUUGGGCUGGCUGCUCCCCCGGACGACCCCCCGCAACCUGCCGUGCGUGGAGGAGUUUGACCACCACUGCCCCGUGGUGGGCAAUUGCGUGGGGCUGGCCAACCGCCGCGCCUUCAUGGGAUACCUGCUGGCGCUGUGGGGCGCAGAGCUGCUGUGGCUGCAGCUGGCGGCGCGCUUCUGGCGCCGUGCGGUGGGCACCCAGGUGCUGCACAGCCACAGCCUGGCUGGCGCGCUGCAAGUGGCGGCGAACAUAGGCAGCCUGGCCCGCCUGUGGCCGGGCACCCUGUACGCAUCGCUGGUGGUGGCCUUCAUCUUCUGCGGCACCUCCUUCCUGCUGGCCCGCCAGGCGCUGUGCGUGGCGGGCAGCCUCACCACCAACGAGCUGCUGAUGCGCCACAAGUACGGCUACCUCAAGGCGGCCGACCACAGCUACAAGAACCCGUUUGACGAGGGGCCCGCCAGCAACUGCGUCCAGUUUUGGGGCGAGGCUCGGCCCGACUGGUAUGCGCUGUACAUCAAGCGACAGCAGUACCAGGGGGCGGUACCGGAGCCGGACGACCCCGAGCAGCCGGGGCCACCGCAGGGCUCUGCAGGUGCCAGCGGCGAGGCCCCCUGGCACCCUCCCGCCUUCAGCGUCACCUCGCUGCUGCGCCGCUGGGAGCUGACUCGUGAGGUGCUGCUGGCGUCACGACAGGCCAAGCGGGAGCGCCGCGAGCAGUGGCUGCUGCAGCAGUAUGGCGGCGUGAGGCCGGGCAGCGCCGAGCAGGCGGCGGCGGCGGCGAACGGCGGCGCGGGCUGCUCGCACGCCGGCUGCAACUUGAGCCCCGCCUUUGUCGUCGAAUACCUCGGCAGCCGCUACCUGCGCCGGCAAGGCGCCGCGUCCCGCACCUCGCCGCCGCCGCCGCCGCCGCCGCCCCAGCAGAAGGCCGCCUGCCACCAGCAGGCCGCCGCCACCGCGGCCGCCGCGGGGGGGACGAGCGCCCUGCCGCAGCUGCCGCCGCCGCCCUGGGAGCCGCGCCUGCGGCGCGAGGAGGUGGAGCGCGGCCUCGCCUACUACGGCAGCGGCAAUCGGCUGCGCCGGGUAGCGGCAAAGCUGAUGGCGGGGCACCCCAUCAAGGCGUACGCCCUGGGCGGCAGCGUGACGGCGGGCAGGGGAGCCUCCGACUUGUCCCUCGCCUACCCCUCCCGCUUCUUCCAGUUCAUUAAUGCCACCUGGCCCCACAGGGACCACGUGCUGGUGAACCGCGGCAUGGGGGCCACCACCUCGGGCAUCUUUGCCGCCUGCGUGAGGCGCAUGGUGCCAGAGGAUGCCGACCUGGUGGUGCUGGAGUUCUCGCUGAACGAUGUGGAGGGCCUGCCAUUUGCCUCGGGCGACCGCCGCGGCCACGAGCAGCUGCUGCGCGGCCUGCUGCGGGCGCGGCGGCCGCCCGCCCUCCUCCAGUUCCACACCUUCCGCUACUGGCACCCCGUGCCGCACAGCAGGGCCGUGGAGGACGGCCUCUUCUACGAGCCCGACACCGAGCGCCAGCUGGCGGUGUUUGCGCACUACUACGACAUCCCGGCGGUAUCCCUGCGGUCUGCCGCAUACCACGUGAUGAGGGCGGGGGUCAAGGGCUUCCAGGCAAGCGUGCAUGCGGUGAUGAGCGACGGGGAGGGCCCCACCCUCAACCACCACAUCCCCACAGCGAACAGCACGGAGUGGGAGGCCCUGUUCUACUCAGACAAGCCUACUCAUGGGGUUGAUCUACCGGGCAAGCAGGCCUGGGGCCUGGUGCAAGGCGCCGGGCUGCAGGAGGACUUCAAGGGCGCCGUGGUGGCCAGCUCCGGGUUUGAGUACCGGGCGGAGCGCCCCCGCGCCGCCACCUUUGUGCGGCAGAAGUGGGGGUGGACGGGGGCGGCGCCGGGGGCAUGGGCGGAGCUGGAGUUCGACAGCCGGCAGGCGGCGGGGGGAGGCGAGGCGGCGGCCGGGAAUGCAACCGUCCACCCGCAGGCGUCGUAUGCCACAGUGUACCUCACCUACCUGCGCUCGUACCAGCGCAUGGGCCUGGCCAACAUCAGCUGCGCCGCGGGCGGCUGCCGCUGCGUGCCGGGCGCCAUCGACAGCACCUGGGACGUGCCCGCCUCCCUGCAGCAGAUGCACAAAUUUCCGGUCACGCAGCACGAGCGGUGCCGCAUCCGCGUGCAGAUCUCGCCGCAGCCUGGCGGCGUGCCGUCGGGGGGGCACAAGGUGACGCUGACGGGCGUGAUGGUGUCGCACUUCCCGGUGCGCCUGGAGGCGGCGCAGAUGGGCGCCGACAUCGUGCAGAUCGUGUCGGAGGCAAAGUCGGAGGGCGGCGGCGGUGGUGGGAGCGCGGCAGAGGAGGAGCAACGCGAGCCCGGGAAGGGGAAGCGGCCAAUGGAGAGGAACGCGCAUGCUGAUGAAGAGGAGCAGGAGUAA